GUGGAGAAAGGCGGGAAACUUGUAGCUCGAAAUCGAACGCAGUGGGGUGGAGGAUUUCUGCGUUUACUGGCCAGACACGGGGGGUGACGGGUGACGUGUGUUCGUAUAUUGCAUCUGUCCGUCAGAAGCGAGUGGAACUCGUUGACGAAACGACCCAUGUAACGACGAAACACCUGAUGUAACAUUUAUAUAUUGAUACCUGCCCUCAAACAAAAAUGUUUCGCGCUCGAACGACGAUAGAACAGAAACGGAUUUUGUGCGGCAAAGUGAAAGGACUGGAGCAUGCCGAGUGUCGAAAUUGUGAUUAAUUAUUUUUUUUUUAACGUUUCAACGAGUUUGUGAUUAAAAUUGAAUAUUGUGCUGUAAACAAAAGUGGAUCAAUAUUUUUUUAGUAUACAAAAGGUGUUUGAACUUAAAGGAUAUUCGAGGAGAAUCGCUAUUAAUCUAAUCUCGUCGACGGACAGUUCCAUUGUUGCAAAAAGUUACUGAAUUUUUUAAAUGAUACCGGGGGUCGAAAAUCCGAUAAAUGUCGUCGUAUGUUAUUGAGUUGAAAAAAUAGUCGGUGAUAAUUCUAAAAAAGUGCUGUAUGUCAAACGAUUUUUCGUACACGUGAGGAGGUGUUUCUGUUUUUUUUUUGCUUCAACUGCACUUCCGUUCCUCGUGGUGAAUUAUGGGAACGACUGGAGGAAAUUUUCAAAGUGCGAUACUAUCGUCGCAUUCAAAAAUUUCGGCAUGGACUCCCGCAGAUUUGGGUUCGUCCCGGAGAUUGAAAAACUCGAGGAAUCGGGGAUGAUGAUAUAACGAGAUUUUUCUGGGGCCAGGGGGGCUGGCUGGAGAAUACAUUGUUAAAACGAAAAUUCCAAGGGGAAAAUUAAAUUGAUUGAAAAUAAAGAAGACAACAAAUAAAUUAAUAACCCAGAAGAAAACAAUAACGCAGACUCAUGACGUCGAACGAUUUCGAGAUGAACAAGAUUCCAAAACUACGCAACAGAACAUUCCUCACUCUUAUAUUGGGACUUGUGGGAUUUACAUUCUUUGCGUAUUAUCGUACCAGUGUCAAUGAGGUACGACCUUUGGUAGCAGAACGACUCAGCGAUCGUACGGCUGCGCCGGAUGUGCCGAACGAGGCAUUGCGUGUAACGGCGGAAGGGACAACGGCGUUAGUUCAUUCCUCAGUGAAUUCGAGUUCAGAGUCAUCUGGACAAAGUACAAAUAUUCAACAUGCGCCUAACGUAUCCACCAGUCUUGCACGCUCUCAGUCAGAACUUUCUCCUCAGACUUCACUGAGCUCCGCGAAUCCUCAAAGCUCAGGCAACAAUGAAACGACCGGAAGUCAACGCGUUGUAAAAGUAGCGCAGGUUGUUUCUUCGACAAGCGCUACCAAUGUUACAACUACGUCGACGACAAAAGCCAUGCCAACGGACAGGGAUACAGCCAGAGGGAUGUAUCAGAUGGGCCACGACGUGACAGCCUCUGAUCAAUGUCCCAACAAUGGGAAGCACAUGGAGCUUGUGAUCACAAUUGCAUCUGCGCCGAGUCACAUAGAGGCAAGAACAGCGGUGAGACAAACUUGGGGACAUUUUGGACAGAGACGAGACAUAGCAAUUGUAUUUAUGCUGGGUAAAAGCAGGGAUGCAAAAUUGGAGAAAUCACUGAAAUUCGAGGAAAACCUUUACGGUGAUAUCGUACGUGGACGCUACUACGAUUCGUACACGAAUUUAACGUUGAAAACAAUCUCGAGCCUCGAAUGGGUAAGCAGUCACUGCGGCGAGGCAAGAUUUAUGCUCAAAACCGACGACGACAUGUUCAUCAACGUGCCCCGACUGUUAUCCUUCAUUCACAAACACGCCAAGGAGAAAAACGUGAUAUUUGGUAGACUCGCUAAAAAGUGGAAACCUUUUAGAAACAAAAAGAGCAAAUAUUACGUUCCGUUGAUGCAGUACAAACCGGCGGUCUUUCCAGACUUUACAACUGGACCGGCUUAUCUCAUGUCACGCGACGUCGUUGAAAAACUCUACGUAACCGCUCUCGAUCAGACUUAUCUCAAACUGGAAGAUGUUUUCACGACCGGUAUCGUCGCUGAAAAACUCUCCAUCAGGAGAUCACACGCCAAUGAAUUUUUGAACACGAGAAUAUCCCACACCGCAUGCAACGUUCAACGCGGUAUCAGUAUACACAUGGUCAAGUACAAAGAACAAUUUGAUCUUUGGAAAAAACUUCUCGAUGGCACGAGCAAGUGUAAAUAGCGAGUCGCGAUCUAGAAUUUUUGGCGAACACUUUGUUCCUGCUCUUUCCAAUCCAAUGAUUUUUCUAUCUUCACUUUUGUGAUGAAACUUUUUUAAAGUGACAUUGAAGCAUGCGUCGUUGGAAUGCAAUAAAACGUUCCACUUUCUCAGCCACUUCCCAAAAUUUGUCGUUCCAUUCGUUCUACCAAAAAAUAAACCAACAAAGCAUAGUCAUUUGACUUAAGAAAAAUGAGAAAAAUAAACGAAAAUCACUCUCGUUACGCUACGACGAUGCAAACUUCAAUUUCAUCUUUUGAAUGACGGUUUCUCGUUCCGAAAAUACCACGUGAAUCGAGGCUGAGAUUGUCGAGGGAACACUUUCUUUAACUUCAAUUUUUGAAAAUGAGGAUUGUCAGAUUUCUCGUGUUAUCCCAAAACUCAAAAACCUUUUUCCAUCGUCGCUUCGUAAAUUGCGUCGUAAGUAUGAAGAGACGUAUAAAAAGGGGCGGAAAUAAAUCGAUAAGAGAUAAGGCUGUCGAUAUUAAUGCAUCGAACGAUAGAUAAAGUAUUGUUUCCAGCACACCAUUUUAACACUCUCCAUUCAUUAUCAAUACGAACAUUUCUUUCAAAACAAUGAAGCUUCCAAAGCUAUCGAAAAAAAUGUAAAAAACGAAGGUGUCUUGAUAUCCUGUGUAAAAAAUAACCAAUAUCCAAAUGUCCUUAAUUAAAAAAGUGACUUCGUCGUAUUUUCAUCGCUUUUGUUUACAGGUGAAACGAGAUAACGUUCGCGAGAAAAUUCGUGCCUAAGUCAAAAUUGAAAAUCGUACAAUAAUAAAUUUUCAGUAUUUCUGACAUCGUUAUCAAUUUGAUAUAAAUUAUCAAAACUGUCAGAAAAAACGAGUCGCUGGAAUUCUAUGGCGAGAAGCACGAAAAUCACCACAUAAAAUAGGCUCCCUGACGAUCUCAGUAACAAGAUUCACACUGAACUAUCGCGAUACGUGUCAGUGAUACUUUAUACAUAAUCGAAACAAGCAAAGAAAAAAGACGUAGAUUUAGGAAUGGAAAAAAAGCAAGAAAACUAAUGAGCUGUACGUAAUUAAUAUCAAUUAGAGAAAGGUGGCCAUAGACUAUUUCGAGAUUGGUAAAUCGAUGUUCCAGACUCGUGUUAACUGUAUUUUUUACGAGGGAGCGUUAGAAACGCUCGGAGCGAUCGCCACGCGAUUAAGUAAGAGUAAAAUCAGGAAAAAACGGUGUCUCGGAAAAUUCCGUGAAGGAGACACAACUUGUAAACGAACUGGCGACGAGCAUAAAAACUGGGGAAUGACAAAGCUUCGUUAAUUACUAUCGUUUAGUAGUGCCAUAAUGAGUAGAAUAAAUUAAAAUUCCAAGGAAUAUCCGCCUUGUAAAAUUGUGGAUGACACAAUCCAUGGUCAAUGAUCGCUCUCUCGUGUAAUGUUGAAAUUCAGACGUUUAUUUUUCACCAAAAAUUAUGAAAAUUUUAGCUUUAUUUCGUUCUCCAAAGUCGCCAUUUUAAAAAUUUUUUAUUCAAGGCUCAAUUAUUUCAUGUGCUAUGAAAGGGAGAGAGAGAGAGAGAGAGAAGAAAAGUUGUCGAGACACUCGCCACACUAUCCUUGACACAUUUGUUACCUUUUUUUCCUCAAUUUCAUUUCGAUCGCACGGAUGCUGCUGAAGAAAAAUGGAAAAUAACGCUUAAUCCACGGCGCAUUUAUACAUAUAUAAAUAUUCGAAAAGAAGAAAAAAAAAAGAAAAAAACGAAAACCACGAUAUGAAAAAUCGUCGUACCGGUGCCUACACCCUUCGCUCGGGUCCACCAUAUUUUAAGCUAUUUUAGAUCUAAAAAUGCGUCAAUAUUAUAAAUACCUAAACGUAAGUUACGUUGUAAACUCCGCCUUCGAUUUUACCUCCAUCUAUUUAGUCGAAGACACUGUUUUUUUUAAUUAUAUAUUUAUAAAUACGUGUAUCCGGAGAUAUCGAGGCUCAAGAGCUGCGUGUAAAUAACGUUGUAUCAACUAUGUACUUAUUAUCGAGACUUUAAAUACGAAAUAUUAUACAGUAUUGUUAAGAUAAGCUCCUCGCUGAAUAUCCAAGAUGCACUGCGUGAUAAUGUACUUAAAAAUGCGCCGAACUACGGAAAACAAAAAAAAAGGAAGAAAAAAAAGAUAUUCAUCAUAGUCCGAAAACGAUUCGUUGAAACGCUUGAUUUUCGUAUCGAAAGACAUUUUUUUUAAUAUCAAUCAUUUAACAUCGUUAUUUUUGGACUUGAUUUUUUCAUUCGCCGGGCUAAUUAUUUUUACAUCAUGAGAUUUUAUUUUUUGAGCUACUGUCGAUCAAGAAUUGUCGAUUUAUCGACGCUAUAAGAUAACGGUUUACCUUUUUAUUAUUCUUUAUUUUCUCAAUGAAAAAUCGGCUUCGAUUGAUAACUUGCGAAGAAGAAUACAGAUCUUGAGUAUUCGUAUGAAAGUCAAUUAAAUUCGAGCGUUAUGCGAAUCGAGGAAGUUCGAGGGGGGUAGAACACAAAAUGAAGAUUGAAUCUGACUUUGUUUUUGUAAGAAAAAGUGAAAAUUCUCGAACUCAGUGUUAGUUACUCAGAGUCGAAAUAUUUUUUCUCGCAGCAAUGAUUUUAGAUCUAAAUCGUUUUAUUAAUUCUAUUGAUUUAUAUUCCUAUUCUUUAAAAUCUUUUAUUUCUUAAUUUACUCCAAUAUCUCCAUGUCCAAAGAUUGAGUACGAGCGAGUAAAGUGUUUUACCGAUUUAUUGUAACGAUAAAUGUUAGCGGAUGGAUUUCCAGAAUAUUAUACUGCGAGGAUCCGUUGAAAAAUAUCAAAUUCUUUCCACUUAUUCAUUUAUUGGACUGACUACGUACUUCGUUACAUUGUAAAACUAUUAAUUGUACCAUCUCUACAAAACACUCUCGAUAUUUAACGAAAGACUUGUACGAGACCUUAAUUUAAAGACCUAAUAUAUAUACACACGUACGAUUGAUAAAA